AUGCUUUUUGGAUUAGUGACAAGUUAGUAGAUCAAGUUUUUUGAUCCCCAAACCAAUGAUCAUUACAAUGACUACACAUUUGAUCCAACCAAAUUCAAUAAUGCUAAAAUAAUUGUUGCUUAUCCCUUCCAAUAAAAUUCAAUUAAAGAGAAAAUAGGACAGAACCUUUAGAUUGAAUUUUUCAACUUAAGUGAUGUACUUUAGACUAGAAAUCAACAGCUUUUUAAUUUGAAUGAUAAACAAUAGCCAAAAGUUUAGUUAGAGAUAGAUUUCGAUAAUCAAAUUGUAAAAAGCUACUUUAAAACAAAUGAAGGUGUAGAAAUAAUAUCAAACAAGGAAUUCGAAAGAACUUUUACUCCAACAUAAGAUAUCGAAGAUCAAUAUUAUCAUUUUCUCAAGAAGUAUGAAAUAAAGAAUUAAUAUAGAAAUGUGAAUCAAUUACCAUAAUUUAAGGAUGCUCUAAAUUUAACCAAUAUCUAAGCAUUUUCAAAGGAAAAUUCAUAAAUCAUAUACUCAAAUAUAAGCAAUAAUUUAAUUUGCGAUCUUGUUAUAUCUAAUUUGGCAACUAGUGUGAUCAUUAUUAGCAAAAAUGUUCAAAACUUUUCAUCAUUAAAUUUUGUUAAGGAUAGACAAUACUUUAAGUAACUUUUCUGCGAUAUUUCAAUCCGAAUAAUUAGUGAAUAAGGUUCUUUAUUUGAUUACAUAUGA